AUGAGCGAAUGGCUUGUUAAAUUAUUUCAAAAACUGGGUGUUAGUUACGAAAUUACUGAUAUUGGUACUCAUCAAAUGGCAGGAAAGACUUUAAAGUUACCACCUAUUUUAUUGGGUACUUAUGGAAAUGAUCCAAAGAAAAAGACUAUCCUUGUUUAUGGGCAUUAUGACGUUCAACCUGCGUUGAUUGAAGAUGGUUGGGAUUCAGAUCCUUGGAAACUUACUACUGAUUCUGAUGGUCGUAUGGUAGGAAGAGGCUCUUCGGAUGAUAAAGGACCAAUCAUUGGAUGGUUAAAUGCCAUUGAAGCUCAUCAAAAAGCAGGAAUUGAAUUUCCAGUGAAUUUGAAAAUUUGUUUUGAAGGAAUGGAGGAGAGUGGAUCAGAAAAUUUAGACGAAUUGAUUGCUAAAGAAGCAAAAAGAUAUUUUAAAGAUGUGGAUGCAGUUUGCAUCUCUGAUAAUUAUUGGCUUGGCGUAACUAAACCAUGUCUUACAUAUGGACUUCGAGGAAUUUGUUAUUUUGAGCUUAUUGUAAGUGGGCCUGGUAGAGAUCUUCAUUCUGGUGUUUUCGGAGGAACUGUUUAUGAACCAAUGACGGAUUUGGUUUACCUUUUAAGUAAAUUGGUAAAACCAAACGGCGAAAUUCUAAUACCUGGAAUUUUAGACGACGUUGCAGUAUUAACUGAUGAAGAAAAGGAAACUUAUAAAUCGAUUGAUUUUGGUAUUCAUGAAUUGCAUUCAGCUAUUGGAUCCAAAACUAGUGCAUUUUCUGCAUCAGGCGCUAAAACAGUCAUACCUUGCAGUGUCAGAGGAAAGUUUUCAAUUAGAUUAGUACCAGACAUGGAUCCUGAGCGAGUUAAAAAUUUAGCAGAAGAUUAUUUAAGAAAGGAAUUUGAAAAACUUGGAACUAAAAAUCAAUUUAAAUUAGAGACCUUACAUGGUGCAAAAGCAUGGGUAGCAAGUCCAAAUCAUUGGAAUUUUGUUGCUGCAUCAAAGGCUGUUGAAUCAGUUUAUAAUUGUAAACCAGACUUUACACGUGAAGGUGGAUCUAUCCCAGUAACUUUGACUUUUCAAGAUUUAUUAGGAAAAAAUGUUCUUUUACUUCCAAUGGGUAGAGGCGAUGAUGGAGCUCAUUCUACUAAUGAAAAACUCGAUUUAUCUAACUAUAUCCAAGGAAUCAAAUUGCUUGGUGCUUAUUUACAUGAAGUUUCUGCAAUUAAAACUGAUUAA